AUGGAGGCAGUCAACUCUACCUCAGGCGGCUUCUCGUCCGUUCUGGCUGGCACAAAAUACGCCAAUGUCGCCCUUCCUCCCCAGGUCGACUAUGUUAUCGAGGCGGUGUCGAACGCUGGUGUUUGGACUUGGGUUUUUACUCUGAUUGCCCUCUGCGUUGCCUAUGAUCAGAUUGCCUACAUCGUCCGAAAAGGUCCUAUCGUGGGUCCUGCCAUGAAGAUUCCUUUCAUCGGCCCAUUCCUCGACUCUAUGGAUCCCCGAUUCGAUGGCUACCACGCCAAAUGGAGCAGUGGUCCCCUGAGCUGUGUCUCUAUUUUCCACAAGUUCGUUGUUAUUGCUUCUACCCGUGAUAUGGCCCGCAAGGUCUUCAAUUCGCCCGGCUAUGUCAAGCCCACUGUUGUCGACGUUGCCCCUAAGCUUCUUGGACACGACAAUUGGGUGUUCCUUGACGGAAAGGCUCAUGUCGACUUCCGCAAGGGCCUCAACGGUCUUUUCACCCGCAAAGCCCUCGAAAGCUACCUGCCCGGUCAGGAGGAGUCUUACAACAACUACUUCAAGCAUUUCCUCAAGAUGACCAAGGACGCCGGUGGCAAGCCUGUUCCCUUUAUGCAUGAGUUCCGUGAGGUCAUGUGUGCCGUCUCUUGCAGAACCUUUGUCGGCCACUACAUCUCCGAUGAGGCCGUUACUAAGAUCGCUGAAGAUUACUACCUGAUCACCGCUGCCCUCGAGCUUGUCAACCUUCCCGUUAUCCUCCCUUUCACCAAGUCCUGGUACGGAAAGAAGGCUGCUGAUAUGGUCCUGGCCGAGUUUUCCAAGUGCGCCGCCAAGAGCAAGGUCCGCAUGACCGCUGGUGGUGAGGUCACCUGUAUCAUGGAUGCCUGGGUUCUGUCGAUGGUCAAGUCUGAGCGCUGGCGGGAGGCUGAGGAGAAGGGCGAGCCCCACGACGUUGAGAAGCCCACUCCUCUUCUCCGCAUGUUCAACGACUAUGAGAUCUCCCAGACCAUCUUCACCUUCCUUUUCGCUUCUCAGGAUGCCACCAGCAGUGCCGCCACUUGGUUGUUCCAGGUUACCGCCCAGCGACCCGAUGUCCUUGACCGUGUCCGAGAGGAGAACAUCAAGAUCCGCAACGGUGACCCCAACGCUGCCAUCACCAUGGAUCAACUCGAAGGUCUCACAUACACUCGUGCCGUUGUCCGUGAGCUUCUCCGAUGGCGCCCUCCUGUCAUCAUGGUUCCCUAUGUCACUAAGAAGGCUUUCCCCCUGACUGAUACCUACACUGUUCCUAAGGGCUCCAUGCUGAUCCCCACUACUUUCAUGGCUCUCCACGACCCCGAGGUAUACGACAACCCCAGCCACUUCGACCCCGAGCGAUACUACAGUGGUGAUGCCGAGGAAAAGGGUUCCAAGAACUACCUGGUUUUCGGUACUGGACCUCACUACUGUCUCGGCCAGGUCUACGCCCAGCUUAACCUGGCUCUCAUGAUCGGAAAGGCUUCUGUGAUGCUUGACUGGAAGCACCACGCUACCCCCUUGUCAGAGAAGAUCAAGGUGUUCGCCACUAUCUUCCCUAUGGAUGAUUGUCCUCUGACCUUUGAGGAGAGGAAGUGGUAA